GGCAAUCUAACUCAUAAGGUGGUUUCAUGUUUGGCAAACGGGUGCGAAAUAGAUAUAUUUACCAUAAAAAUGUCAAAUUUAAAUGAAUAUGACGUCUAUAGAGGAUCAGACUUGAUCGAUGAGGAUACUUUGAAUCAUAUACGGCAAGAAGCAGAAUCACAAGGCUUAACUAUGUUUGAUGUAGAAGACAUACGAGACGAAAAGUUUCAUGACCACAAUUAUUCAAAUCAAGAAAAUAUAUUGGAGGAUAUAAACAUUAACCAGUUUAACUCACGAUGUGACGUGAUUCCUUCAAAUGAAGAAUUUCCAGGCCAUCUCAAUUUUCAAUUGCAAUUGCCUAACCAAAAUACAUCAAAACAUUUGAUGUACUCUCAGAUUCUCAAAAAAGUAUAUAUAAAUAUGGAACAAACAUUACCUAUACGAUUCAAAUGGGACCCACCUGUGGAUGGCUUAUUUCUCCGUACUACAAUGCAAUUUAGUUUGGAUCAAUAUAAAAAUGAUCCAGUACAUAGAUGCCACAAUCAUAUGGCUAUGACUAAUAACAGUAAUCAAGACGUAAAUCCUGGGAUUGUUAAGCAUGUUGUACGUUGUUUAGAACCAGCGAGCAUGUAUGAAGAUAAUAACGAUCAUUUGUCUGUAAUUACACCAUUGCGUACACCACAAGUUGGUUCACAAUAUGUGCAAUUAUACUUUCAAUUUUUUUGUAAAAAUAGUUGCACAUCCGGAAUGAAUCGUAGACCAACGGAACUUGUUUUCACAUUGGAAGAUGCUAUGAAUGGAGUACUUGGACGACGUAAAUUAUUAGUUAGAGUUUGUAGUUGUCCAAAGAGAGAUAAAGAAAAGGAGGAAAAUGAUACUACAGAUGAUAUAUCUAAUCAAAAUAAAAGAAAGCGUAAAAGUACUCCGAACAAUAAAACAGUUAUCUUACCAUCAUGUGAUACACAUGUUUAUAAUGUUAAUUUAGAUAUUGUUGGCAAAGAAAAUUAUUUAGCCGUUAUGAAAUAUGCGUAUGAUGUUAUGGCUGGUCAAGCUCUACGAACAGGACAGUCAGAAUUUUUUAAACCAUAUAUGGACAGCAUUUUACGUAAAAUGCCGUAAUUUUGUCAUUCAAAAUUUGAAAUGUGGUAUCAGAAGAAAAAAAUGUUACUACAGAUUAUAUGCUGAUGAUGCAUAAGCAAUCAUGCUGAUCAAGUCUUUGCGGACAGGACAACUGGAAUUUUGUAAGCCUUAUAUGGACUGCAUUUUACGUAAAAUGCUAUAACUUUGUCAUUCAAAAUUUCAAAUGUAGUAUCACAGGAGACAAAAAAUGUUACUAUACAUUAGUAUAAAUCAUUGUUUUAAUAAUAAGAUAUACAAAAUUUUAAAUAAUAAUAAGUAUACAUACAUAACGAUA